AUGACGUCGUACUUGAUCUUCUUGGCUUGCAUUAUCAGAUCUUCGAUGGCCUCUUCCGAUGCAAGCAAUGAGCCCCCUCCGCCACCAGUUGUGAUCUGUCCCACUGAAGUAGAUACAAUCAAUGUGACUUUGGAGAAGAAUCAGCAGUGUGCGUGUAAAGAUUGUGGGAAGCUGUUCAACUCGGUCUGGUACCUGAAGCAGCAUGCGGUAAAACAUUCGAAUGACCGUCCGUUCAAGUGCAAAUUUUGCUUCAAGACCUACAAGUUUCGCUCAAACCUGUACCAACAUAAGUGUCCCGAUCGUCAAAAGCAGAUGAUUCAAGGAAACCGUCGUCGCGGUGGACCCGGUGUGUCACCUUCCUCGCGCCGCCUUGAAACGAAUCAAUUGCUAAAGUCAAAAAUUGAAACCAGUGCGAAUCAAGAAGACUCAGCAACGUGUCGGUCUUCCAUUUCCGACAGUGAGGACAAUGAUCUUCCUAUUACAUAUGGUCUGGUUAUUCAUAAACUCGAGGAAAUUUCACAAAACAGCUUCGCAGCGCAUCACCCACAAUCUGAAAAUAUCCUAGUUGAAUCUGGGGAGAAACAUCGACCACCAGACUGUGUUCGUUCGCAACCACUUCCACAAGAGGAGAUUGAUGCGUAUAUUGCAAGAAACAAAGCAAAGUCGCAAAGGAUGCAAUGGUUUUCUGGUCGCACCCAAGUGUCAUCGAAAAUUUGCGACCAGUGGGACUGGGCUUCGCUUUCAAGGCAUCGCGAAGCGUCUGGUAGUCAAAUGCAGUAA